AAUAUUUCCAACAAUUUCGGUGUCAGGAACUGCAUUAGGCCGAGGAGAAACAAGUCAACAUCAGAGGGUCUGCCAUUGUCACGUGGAUGUGACCGAACGUGUUGGCAAAUCAGAAUCUCCGUCUCCGAUCGUACGAGCAAUAAGAUAAAGGAGCUCCAAUACGACUGAUCUGACCGACGAACGAACGAACUCGAACAUUCACUAGAUCACGAUACACGAUGCCCGGUAGACUUCAGUACAAGAGUGCCCUGGUCACUGGUGCUGGAUCCGGUAUCGGCCUCGAGUCGUCCCUGUUGUUCGCACAAGAGGGUGCUAAUGUUCUUCUCGUGGAUGUUAACCUGGCGGCUGCUGAGAGGAGUGUAACUCUAAUCAGAGAUCGAUUCCCCGAGGUCAGGGCAUUGGCGUUCAGAGCUGAUGUCGGACUAGAGGCAGAUGUAAAGGCUGCAGUUGAUCUUGCAGUCAAAGAGUUUGGAAGGUUGGAUAUCAUGUUCAAUAAUGCUGGGAUCAUGCACCCGAAUGAUGACAACGCACUCAACACAGAGGAGCGAAUUUGGGACCUUACCAUGACAAUCAAUGUCAAGGGCGUUUGGUGGGGUUGUAAAUACGCCAUCCUUGCAAUGCGCCAAAAUCCGGUGGAUGAGAUCAAGGGCCUCCGAAGCGGUGGAAGCAUUAUCAAUACUGCAAGUUUCGUUGCUAUCAUGGGAGCCGCUACGCCCCAGCUAGCUUAUACCGCAUCCAAGGGUGCCGUUCUCGCUAUGACCCGCGAACUAGCGAUGGUCCAUGCCCGGGAAGGUAUCCGGGUGAAUUCAAUCUGCCCCGGUCCCCUGAAAACCCCUCUUCUCAUGGACUUCUUGAACACCCCGGAAAAGCGAGAGAGACGCCUCGUUCACCUCCCAAUGGGUCGCUUCGGCGAAGCCGUCGAAGUUGCCAAGGGUGCUCUUUUCUUGGGUAGCGAUGAUAGCAGUUACGUGACCGGAACGGACUUCAAGGUUGACGGUGGUCUGACAUCUUGCUAUGUCACUCCUGUUGGAGAACCUGCUCUCUCUCCUCCUGCAAGCCUCAUUUAAGAGCGAUCCACUUCCAACGAAGUUAAAUGUGCACCUAGAACGUCAUUUGUGUAAUUUUAGAUUGUACUGAAUGGGACGCUCAAAUACUCAAAUGAAUUGGCCAAUUUGUUGGGUCAUGCCAUGGUCCACCUCGUGCAGCAUAGG